AUGAAAUCUCCUUGGAAAAUCCGUAUGGCUCUUCCUCUGCUUUUUCUCCUGACCCUUCACACCCUGGCCUCUUCAGUCUAUGGCAACUGGCCUGACACCAGACACUCCAAUGCCUGCAUAGGGUGUGUGCUGGUGGUGUCUAUGAUUGAACAGCUCACUCAAGUUCAUAACUCGACGGUCCAAAUCUCAAUGGAGAGACUGUGCAGCUACUUGCCUGAAAAACUGUUCUUGAAGACCACUUGCUAUUUAGUGGUACAUAUAUUUGGACCAGACAUCAUAAAACUAUUCAGAGCAGAUAUGAAUGCUGAUGUGGUAUGUCACACCCUGGAGUUUUGUAAACAGGAUCCUGGCCAACCCUUGUGUCACCUCUAUCCCCUUCCCAAGGAGGCAUGGACAUUUACACUUGAGAAGGCCAGACAGAUUGUCAAGAAAUCUCCAGCUCUGAAGUACUCCAGAAGUGGUUCUGAUAUUUGUUCACUCCCAUUUUUGGCCAAGAUCUGUCAGAAGAUUAAACUAGCUAUACAAAAUUCUGUGCCAUUCAGUGAUGCCGAUUCAGACAAAUAUAGUGAUUUCCCAACACUGCGGGGCUUUCACUGGCGAGGGAGAGAUUGCAACGACAGCAACAAGAUGGCAUACCCAGGCAGAAGGCCAGACAACUGGGACUCAUAUCAAGAUUCCAACUGUAAUGGCAUUUGGGGUGUUGAUCCAAAAGAUGGAAUCCCAUACGAGAAGAAAUUCUGUGAAGGUUCACAGCCCAGGGGAGUCAUUUUGCUGGGGGACUCAGCUGGGGCUCAUUUCCACAUCCCUCCUGACUGGAUCACAGCUUCGCAGAUGUCUUUGAAAUCCUUCUUCAAUUUACCAAUAGCUCUUACCAACGAGCUUGACUGGCCCCAGCUAUCAGGUACUACUGGAUUUCUGUACUCCACCACCAGAAUUAAAGAAAAUUCUAUUUACCUUCGUUUACGGAAAAGAAACCGCUGCAAUCACAGGGACUAUCAGAAUAUUUCAAAAAAUGGUGCAUCCUCCCAAAACCUGGGGAGAUUUAUAGAAAGUUUAUCUAGGAACCAGCUGUUGGAUUAUCCAGCCAUUGUCAUAUAUGCCAUGAUUGGAAAUGAUGUCUGCAGUGGGCAUAUUGAUCCUCUCCCAGAAAUGACCACUCCUGAGAAAUUGUACUCCAAGGUCAUGCAGACUCUGCAGUAUCUAAAUUCCCACCUGCCAAACGGCAGUCAUGUUAUUUUAUAUGGCUUACCAGAUGGAAGAUUUCUCUGGGAUCAUUUGCAUGACAGAUAUCAUCCUCUUGGCCAGCUCAACAAGGACGUGACCUACGCGCAUUUCUACUCCUUCCUGAACUGUCUCCAGGUCAGCCCCUGCCGCAGCUGGAUGUCUUCCAACAAGACUCUGCGGACUCUCACUUCAGAGAGAGCAGAACAACUCUCCAAAACGCUGAAAAAAAUUGCAACCAGCCAGAAAUUUACGAACUUCGACCUUUUCUACUUAGAUUUUGACUUCCAAGAAAUCACGGAGGAGUGGCAAAAGAAAGGUGGGCAGCCCUGGCAGCUCAUCGAACCCGUGGAUGGAUUUCACCCUAAUGAGGUGGUUUCACAGCUGUUGGCAGAUCUCUUCUGGAAGAAGAUGCAGCACCAGUGGCCUCACGUCCUGGGAAAGGAGAAUCCAUUCAAUCCCCAGAUUGAGGAGGUGUUUGGAGACCAAGGGGGGCACUGA